UGCAGACGCUGCCCUUGCCCGGCCAGCUGCGGGCUAGGCCCCGGGCGGAGGUUCCGGAGCCCGGAGCUAUUUUUAAAAGACGCGUCACCGGAUUGGGGAGGAAGAGUCCCGGUCCAGGCCCACAGUCUGCGCGCGGCCGGCGGGAAGGGUUGUCUGGGCGAGUUUCGAACGACAGGAGCGCGCGAAAAGACGCAACCGACCGAGAAGACCCCGCCUGACCCCGGGAGACCGCGGGGCGUGCCAGGCAAGGGGCGUGGCUGGUGGGCGGGACUAGAGGGGCGGGGCCGGCGCUCUCCGGCCGCAGCAAGCUGGUGGCGGUGGCGGUAGCAGCAGCGCGAGUACUGCAGGGACAGCAAAGGCAGCUACGCUAACCCGUACGCCGGGGAAGCCCGCGCCCCGCCUGCGCCUCCACGGCGCUCUCGGGUAGCCGGAGCUAGAGCAGCUCCGAGGUGCGCCGAGAUCAGAGGUUGCUGCAGAGCCGCGGCGCGGGAGAGCCGCAGAUCGAGCGGGGCUAGAGCGCAGGGCGCAGACAUCCUACACCGCGGCGUCUGUCCGUGGCGGCUGCGCGGGAGACAAAGCCUCCGGAGAAAGAUGCCCGUGGAGCACGCACCAGGCGGGCCAGGGAGCGGGCCCCUCCGAGUCUAAGCGCGCCUAGCCAAGCGCCCAGGGAACGCCGAGGCCCCACCGGGUCCAGCAACGGGCGGGGCCCAGGUGCGCCGGGCCGCAGCGGGCCUGUGACUGCUCGGGGGGCGGCGCCCUCCCGCCGCAGCCGCAGUGGCCGGCGCCGCAGCGAGAAGCCAUGGGCAACAUCUCCUCCAACAUCUCGGCCUUCCAGUCUCUGCACAUCGUUAUGCUGGGCUUGGACUCGGCCGGCAAGACCACGGUGCUCUACCGGCUCAAGUUCAACGAGUUCGUGAACACGGUGCCCACCAUCGGCUUUAACACCGAGAAGAUCAAACUGAGCAACGGCACUGCCAAGGGCAUCAGCUGCCACUUCUGGGACGUGGGCGGCCAGGAGAAGCUACGGCCGUUGUGGAAGUCCUACAGCCGCUGCACGGACGGCAUCAUCUACGUGGUGGAUUCGGUGGACGUGGAUCGGCUGGAGGAGGCCAAAACGGAGCUGCACAAGGUGACCAAGUUUGCCGAGAACCAGGGCACACCGCUGCUGGUCAUUGCCAACAAGCAGGACCUGCCCAAGUCUCUGCCGGUGGCCGAGAUUGAGAAGCAACUGGCGCUACACGAGCUCAUCCCGGCCACCACCUACCAUGUCCAGCCGGCGUGCGCCAUCAUCGGCGAGGGCCUCACCGAGGGUAUGGACAAGCUCUAUGAGAUGAUCCUGAAACGCAGGAAGUCUCUCAAGCAGAAGAAGAAACGGUAAUGCGCUCAAGCAGCGAUCUGGAGCGAGGCUGAGCGAGCGAGCGAGCCAGUGAGUGAAUGAAUGGACGUCUGGGUUGAGCGAGAACCCGCGAACAAAGACAACGAACCAAAGCGAUGAUUCGAAUUUUUAAAACACGAUCUCUGUAUCCAAAUACAGGACUUGGAGACUUAGCCCGGGUGUGGAGGCUGCAUAACCACCCAUCUCGUCACCUGCCCCACCCCCCACCCCAGCUCAGAGGACCUUUUGUCUAAAUGCUUGAGCUACGGGUGGGGUGGGUGGGGGGACUGGUGGGGAGUGGACGCGAGGGUCCCGUGGUGUGCCCUCUGGCCCCAGGUGGCAAGCUUGGAUGUCAGAGAGACAAAAGCGAUUUCUUCUUGCUCCAGCAGGGCCAGAAGUUCAGGCAGCCCAGCCCCCACUGCGGGGGGGAAUCACGUGUGAGUUACCUGAGAAAGGAAACCACAGAUGUUCUGUCCCCGACCUCAGACAGCUGAGUCAAUGAUUUGAGUCCUGGGCCCCUGAUGAAUCUCCCCUCCUGAGCUUUUCUUCGAAGGCUACGGUCUUCGAUUCUAAGGAGCGUCUGUUGUUUGCUAGACCAAGGACAUAGCCCAGGCUGGCUUUGAACUCAUAUAUUACAGGAUUCACCUACCUCUGCUGCUGAAUGUUAUGCUAAUAAAGGUACAAACCACCACACCCAGCCAUGGGCUUGAGGUUUUGACCAAUCCUGUUAGCAACAUUACAGAGUGUCUCUGUGUCACCAUCUGGUAGCAGAGAAGGUCAACGUAUUGUCCAAGAGCAGAAGAUACGGUCUUCGGAUGUGACCGGGUAAGAAGAGGGCAAACCCAGAGCUCCAUAUCCUCUAUCACACCGCUUCCCUUCAGUUUGUAGCACAACCUGCGUGUGAUUACGUCCGGGCACUACUCUCAUGCCCAUGACUCAACUCACACCUGCCAAGGGGAGCCGGCCAUGAAUCUGUACACACAGGGGAGUUUCUUUCCUUGUUUGCCUGGUUCCUGUGUGUCCACUUCUCCCUCGGUUUCAAAUGGUCUUCGUGUAUUUGCUUCUAGACAGCUCUGAACUCAAGAGGGGCUUCUCUGUGUCUAAGAGGACCUUGUAAGCUGGGGGUUUCAGAGGAAACAACAAGCUAUUCCUCCAAGUUUAGAAGCAAGAAGAAUGAUACGUUCAACACAGCUGCCUUCCAGUGGUUCUGGGCAAAAGCUGUACCCCAUGAGAGUAUGGUCCCAAGGAAAGAGCUGAAGCAUGGGCGUCCUGCAGUUGGGCUAUAACACAAGAUACAGCUGGGGGUUGGGGGAGGAGAAGCAUUUGUAUUUGUCCAUUAGAGUUAAGGUCAUCAUGGCAGCCUUCAGUAUAAUGUGGGUUGAACAUCAGACAGCUGUUACCUUGAUGGAAUGUUGACUGUGCUAGCUGGAUGUCCCAGGAGCCUAGCUCACUGGACCUGCACCCACAAGUUAAGAAACUGAAGCAUGGAGAGGUUUAGAUUAUAUGCUUUGAGAUCAGUCUCUAGGAAGGGUGGGCCCAGCUUCAACUCCGGUCCCUUCUACCGGGGCUCCACAUACCUGCUGCUCUUACGCCAGGAAAGGUCUGCAGCCCAAGAGAGCUGAGAUCCCCAAGGAGAAGCAGGGAUAAAGGGGUGAUGAUACCCAAUGUCAGAUAGGACCACCUUUAGCCCUCCUCAGGAUGCUGGCAACAAGCUGGACCCCAGACUUAGUAUCUGCUUUUCCUUCUUAACGGGCACAUGUCACAUCAGAGGAAGACAGUCCUGGUGCCAGAGCCUAUCCUGGAGCAAGUUGGAGUGGUCCAUUCAGAAGUUGUUUGUGUCAUGGACUCUCCCCUGCAUAUGGGCUGCCAGUGGUGUGUGGUGACCCCUCAGAACUUCUGAUCCCUUCCUGACCAGCCCUGGUAUUGUUUUAAUUAUCCACUGAGAUAACGGGUGAGUGCUA